CUUAAGAUGAAACCAUAACAAAAGUAAAAUUGACUAUCGAAGAAGUAAACAAAAAUUUAAUUUUUUGCUCGGGGGUGAUUAAUCAAAAGUGUAUCAGUGAAAAAUCUUAAGAUAUGACUGAUAUAAGGUAUCCCGAAGAUAUUGUGAAUAAUAUGUCAUUGACAGAAUUACAAAAUUGUGAUUGGGAUGCAUUAUUUAAUCAAAUACAACAUUUUCAUUAUAAUAACAAUAAUUACAUUUAUCCAGAGAAUGUAUAUAAUAUCCCGAAUGAAAAUCAACGGAAUUUUCAUAUGACACCAAUAAUUAAUGAACGAAAAAAUAUAUUGGGUCGUAAUCAUUCCAAAAAUAUUGAUAAUAGUCAGGAUAUUGUUAUAUCUAGAAAACCGAUUUUUAUACCAUUGGAUAAUGAUAAUUUAGGUGCUAUACGUAAAGCAAUAUUUUUAGAUUCCAAGUUUGAUUACAGUGAAGUACCAUCCAAACAAAUAUCAAAACAAUCAUCAGCCCGUGGUAUCUACGAUUGUAAAAUAUGCGAUGAAAAAUUUCAAACACGAUCCAGUCUUAUUACACACGUUAAGGUUCAUCAACAACCAUUUUGUGUCCUAUGUUUAAGUCCAUUUAAAACAAUAUCCGGUUACAACAUACAUAACAGUAAGUUACAUAGUAAUACAAAACAGGAAAUCGAUUCAGAAUUAUCCGCUACAUCAUCCGAAUCAGAUGAUGAACCAAUUGUAACAAGAAGUCGAACUAAUAAAAGUAAUAACAAUAACAAUAAUAAUAAUAAUAAAUCAAAGAAUAAUUUUUAUGAUAUGUACAAUAAUUUAAAUACAAUUACGUUAACAUCAAAGUAUGGACGUAGACGAAAAGUAUUAGAUAUGACGACGGUUAUUAAUAAGAAAACACGUAAAUCCAAGUAAAUAAUAAUUUUAAGUUGCAACAAAAAAUAAAUAAAUAUAAAUAUAUAUAUUGUGUGGGACCAUGUAAUGCCUUUUUAGUACAAAUUAAUACAAAAAAAAAACUGCCUGCCAAAUAAAAUAUAUAUGUGUAUCGAAUUUAUAAUAUACAGGACUUUGGGGGUCAUAAGGCACGCUGGGAGUUUGAGGAGAGGAAUCUUAUGUAUUUCAAGUUCGAGCAUUUUUUUUACAAGUAUAUAACGGUUAAUUCCAGUGUUUUAACAUGCUUUUAAAUAGAAUUCAACGCACAUUGAUCAAACAAAAUUGAAAAAACAUCUAUGAAAUUUUCAGCCUUUCUAAAAUGACUAGACUUGACCGCAGACUUAUUUUAUCGUUCGAAGCAUACGUGUUUUAUCGUUGUGAUAAACUCAAAAUAUUUUUGGUCGGUUUUCAAGCAAAUUUUUGGUGCCUACUACCCUUUUUGAAGACAUGAGAACUCAAAUCACGAAUAAUGAAGAAAACAAUGAAUAUAUUCUUUUGAUUUAUGAGCAACAUUAACGUGGUUUUCUCGAUCUUUCUUUGAAUGUAUUGCACAACUCGUAAGUUUUUUUAAGCUCUUUUCACCGAACCGUCACCCGCUAUUUCGUUCGCAACAAAAGCUUGAAGUGCUCUUGAUUCAAUUAUUUCGUCUAUUAUAAAAUUUGUCGCACAGUUUUUAAAGACAGACUUGUCAACUUGAGGAAUAAUAUUUCGAUAAAAUGUAACUUCUUAUUCAAAAUUGUUUAAUCAAUGUGGGUUACACCUGAAAGCAAACUUUAACCGCCCUCUUGAAUGAAUAUAAAUAACGUGCCCUAUGAUUUCAUCUCCUGUAUUUUAGUCACUAUAAAAAUAUUACCACUUUUAAUUUGAAAACCGUUGAAAAAAAAGUUCAAAAACAUUAUUUUUAAUUUAUUCGAUUGUUGUUAAAAAAUAAGCACAAAUAUAUUAAGAAUUUACCGAACAAUCGUUAUUUUUUCGUUGUAAUUUCGUUAUAGGCAGUAUGAUGUUUCGUAUCCGAAUUUACGAAUUUAUUUCAUUUAAUUAAAAAUAUAAUUAAAUUAAUUGUAUUUACUGUUGGACAGUAUCAACUAUUUGUAUAAGUAAAUGAAGAAUGGCCACUUUAAUUCAAUUCGGGGAGGAAAUUGGUUGUAAAAAAGGGUUUAUAAUGAAGGUAAUAGAGGAUUUGAAAUUUCGAUUUGAGAUAUUAAAAUA